AUGACUCUGAUAGGUUUGUUUAUAAUUGGAAUUAGCGAUGCUAUGAUUUUAAUAGUUCCAGUUUGUAAUUAAAUUGUUCAUUAUGAAGUCCUCUCUGAAAAAUGGUUCUCCGUCUUUGAGAGACUGUUAGCAACUAGUCUAGGCAGUUUCUUUUAGUAUGUUGGAAUGGCAUUUGCAUAUGGAUUUUCAUCUUUUUAUUUUAAUGUAACAGACGAAUAGAGUGUGGUGAACUCAAAAAUAAAUGAAAUGAAUCUGAUGAUCGCAAUUUUUAAUACAGUUGGAGCAGUUUUUCUUUUGAUGUUUUUGAGGAAUAGACCUCCUCAACCAGCUUCAAAUUCAGAUAAUAUAGUCAAAGACACAAUUUGGAAAUCCACAGUGAAAAUGAUAACAAAAGAAGAAUCAGUAAUUGAUCUAAUGGCUCUUGGAAUCUUCAUUGGAUUGGGCUGGGUGUAUACGACAAUCAUAUCUUUAGAGAUGUAUCCUUUUGGUUAUACUCAAGCUGAAGUUGCAAUAAAUGGAACUGUUUAUUAGAUUUCCGGAGUGGCAGUUGGUUUGUGGGCUUCUAUAAAAUUGGAUUCAUAAGCUAAAUAGGGAAUACAACCUGAUUAUGAUAGAUACAUCAAGAUCUUCACUACCAUAGGAAUGAUCACUCUGAUUUUAGAAGCAUUUAUCAUAGAAUAUUUAGGAUUCUGGAUGUUGCUCUUCGUUAAUUUUGCAAUGGGUGUGGGUCUCAAUUCGUUUUAUCCUAUCGCUAUAUAGGCUUACGUUGAAAAAUUGUACCCUGCUACAGAAUUAGUAUUGGUUACUGGUUUGUUAUGUUUGGCUAAUAUGGUAGGAUUUGUGUUAAAUUACUUAAUCGUGUUACCUGAAUUCGAAUAGUUUGGAUUAUGGAUUGGAUGUUUGACCAUUACUCCAGGGUAUCUAUAUAUCUUGUUAAAUUAUAAAACAAAAUAUCGAAGAUUUGAAUAGGAAAUUUGA